AUGGCUGCAUCAUCUGCCCUUUUAUCAUCUCCUCCAGCUCUCUCUUUGAUUCUCAAGCGUAAACCCCCAGUACAAUGGUUACGGGUGGUAAGAUUUUCUCCAUCGAACAACCCAAUUUUUGGAUUUCCAUCCACUCAUAUAUCAAGAAAAAUUUUGAAUUCUGGAAAUUCAUCAAGUGCCGUUUCUCUAAAACCCAUAAGAAAUUGGAGAUUUUCUGCUGUAAAUGGAAAUUAUUUGCUAUCAGAAGUCACGCCAGAAGAGAAUUUGCAAGAAGUAGUCUCCACAAGCGAUGAUGGCGUUUCUACAGUAAUAUCAGCCCUUCUUUUCAUUGCUUUCAUCGGUUUAGCCAUUCUUACAAUUGGGGUAAUCUACAUAGCUGUAACAGAUUUCUUGCAGAAAAGGGAGAGAGAUAAAUUUGAGAAAGAAGAGGCUGCUAGGAAGAAGAAGAGUGGUAAAAAGGGUAAAAUUGGAGCUAGAUCUAGAGCUGGGCCCAGAGGUUUUGGGCAAAAGAUUGAAGAAUUUGAUGAUGACAAUGGUGCAGAUUAA